CUACAUCGAAGCCGGCGGGCUACGAUAUCUCUAUUCUUUUCUAAACGCUUAGUAUCUAAUCUUAAGUUAGUUAUUACGAAGCUCGCGGAGAGGCUUUAUCUACGCCUUAGUAGCUAUACCGAGAUAGGCCUACCGAUAGUCUUAAAUAAUACCUUUAGCUACUUCGCUAUAGAUAUUAUUACCGAAUACGCUUUCGCUCGUAGUUACGACUUCCUAUAA